AUGGCAGAGUGGGCUCAAUUCAAAAGCACUUUUGAAGUAGAAAUUCUAUUCUUCUUUAGAAGAUGCGAGGUCACGGAUGUCGAGGCCAUCGUAGGCGGCGUCACGGCGGCCUAGUUUAGGAAGGAACCCGCCAUCACCCCCGCUCUCCUCCACAUGCGGUUUCACGAUUGCUUUGUCACGGGAUGCGACGCCUCCAUUCUUCUCGACGUAAAUUCGAGUAAGAAGACUGUGCCACCGAAUUUGAGCAGAGGCUACGAUCUCAUUGACGCCGCGAAGGCCACCGUGGAGGCCAUAUGCCAGGUUGUUUCCUGCGCCGAUAUCAUUGUCAUGGCCACUAGAGACGCCGUGUCCGUGGGACUCACCGUCUCCAACAUGGUCCUUCUCCUAGGCGGCCGCACGAUCAGCGUUGCUCACUGCUCGCUCUUCCAAGACCGGCUUUACAACUUCCAGAACACCGGGAAGCCCAACGCGACCAUGGACCUGUCCUUGGCUUCCGCCCUGAGGUCGACGUGCCCUAACGGGAAGACUAAAGCAGACAACAUCGUCAGCCUCGACCGGGGCCCUCUCAGCUCGUCAAUCAUGGACAACUCCUACUACAAGCAGAUACUCGCCCAUAGAGGGAUACUGCAGAUCGAUCAGGAGGUCGCGCUGGACAGGCGGACCAAGGACAUUGUGGGAACAAUAGCCGGCGGGCUCGAUUUCUCGGCUAAGUUUGGCCAGGCCAUGGUUAAGUUGGGCGCACUCCACAAUGGCUCUCCGGGUAAGAUAAGGGAAUCAACAAAGGCUCGCCAAAGCUAA